GUCUACCGUACAUGUACUGACAACCACUCGCGCUCAUUGCUAUAUCGCCUCUCUCGGAGCAUAGCGCCGCUUGAGGUCGACGCUUACUGAUUGGCGCUGUUGCGCUCCGCCUGCCACUUCACCUCACGACGCACGAUAUCAACACUCGCCUCUUCCGCAGCCCCGCCACCACUACCACCGCCAUGUCGUUUUUCGGCUUCGACACCGCCCUGCCCCGGGACAAGGGCGCGCAACAGUCAAGCUCGCGAGGCAUGUUUGAUGCCCACGACCCUUUCGCUGGCUUGGGCGGCGACACAGAAGGUCAAAUGCUGGAUUUUGAGGAGACAUACGACGGUUUGGGCGCCCGCUUGCAAGAAGCUGGAGAUGACUUCAACGACGCUACCUUUGGCGGCGAUGAACCGGUGACUCGUGAGGGAGUGGGCAGGGACUUCGACUUUGCUGGUCAGACGGCAGGUAUGCGUGAUACUCUCCUCGAAGAGCAAAUCUUGCACCAGGCGAGGCAGCCUUAUGCUCAACCUCGCGCGCCGCAGAAGCCCACAAAGACUGGCUAUGAGGCGUACAAACAGCCAGAGUAUAUCCCAAAGCUCGAGGCCGAUGCCUCCAUCUGGGGCAGCUCCGUCGCGAAGAAGGCGGAGCCAGUUCGACAGCACGAGGCUGCCGCGAGGAUGAUGACCGUGGAAGAGCUGGAGGCGCAAAUGCGAGCGCAAGCACGGCCUACACCACCAAUGCAGCAACAGCCAACGCCAGACUUUCACUCUCAGUCGCAAGGGUUGAAGAAUAUGCUGGGUCUUGGCGGUGGUGCUCCAACUCCACCUCAAGUGCAGCCUCAGUUCGAGCAGCAGAGAGUGCCGCAGAUUCUUCAGCGUCCUCCGCAGCAGUUCCAGCAGCCUCAGACCCCACAAGAGUUGCCAGCACAGCCUUCGCCUGGUCACAGUCACAGUCAGCGCGCGCCUCAAAUUCUGCAGAGACAGCACACUCCUAUCCAUGCUCGACCACCAUCGCAAGACUUCCGUGGUCAGCCACAGCCUCAGCAAUUUCACCAGGGUCCGCCUCCACACCCAGGUGGGUUCCCGAUGGGUGGUCCACCUGUCCAGCCACGGGGUCCGCCAAUACACCCUGCGCACAAUCGCGGCCCAUCAUACAAUGGCCCGCCAAUCACACAGGCACAACAGAUGAUGAAUAUGUCUUCGGAAGCCCGUGAAGCAUACAUGGCAGAAGAAGCAAAGCGGGCCAAGAGAAACCACAAAAUUUUCCUGCUUAGCAAGAACAACGGUCUUAUGACACCGCAGGACAAGAACUUCAUCACUCGAAUCCAGCUACAGCAAUUGCUGACUGCCACCGGUGGUAUUGACAACGAGUUUGGUAGCAAAGAGCAGCUUGCCGAGGACUUCUACUACCAAGUCUACGCCCAGAUACGUGGUCCUCCAAGAAGCGGUCCUGGCCAGCCCCUUAACCAGUUCGCUCAGACGUACUUGUUCCAGACUGGGAGCCGCUAUGGGUAUGGUCGCAGCCGGCAUCACCCUCGCGGCGGCGACAACCAUGUCCAACGCAUGGAACAGCAGGUCGCGAGAGCCGUCGAGGCAGCAAAGAAUAGGCCGAAGAACAAGUCGCUGGUCAUGGAAGGAUCGCUCGGCAAGAUUGCAUUUAGUAAUUCCAAGACACCACGUCCGCUUCUGAACAUCAAGCGUCCCGAUGCUGCAGACAUCCGCAAGCACCACCCAACGAAGCCAGCUGAUCGCAAGACUGGACUUCGAGAUAUUGAAAAUCUGUACUCGACGCUGAUGAGGCUAGAGGACCAUGAGCGCGAAAUGCCACUGCCACCGAAUGAAGAAAGUGGGCCUGACGUGAUCGAAGGCCACAUGAGAUGGAGAAGCGCUAUGCAGGAGCUCAAUGAGCAACUGUGGGCCGCUCUUCGCAUCAUGGUCGAGAUCAAUCCCAACUCAAGCUCGCCGCACCCAUUCAUCCAAAUCCUCUCCCACAGCAAGGGCAAGAAGGCUAUCCCUCGCACAUUCAGACAUCUAGACGACCAACAACGCCUGACGAUGCUCACUCUCGUGGUUAUCCAUCUCGACAUACUAGAUGUCAUUCGCGACGCAUACCCGCCGGCCGACAACUCGGCGAUUCCAGCUCGAGUCAAGGAAGAAGUCAACCUCUUCAACCAAGCCGUGAUUCCACCACUUUUCAGCUACGUCAACGAGGCACCUCUCACUAUCAUCAUCGGCCUCCUCGGCCUCGUUUUGGAACGAACCCAAGUCCAAGCUAUUGUCCGGACCAAGAUCGGCCUCAGCAUUCUUACCAUGCUCAUUUCGAGGGCCGAGCUCCUCAAACAAUCUGCUCCAGCCACCGACUUUGAACAAUUCUCCGAUUUGUACAAUCGACUUUUCGAUACUCUAGAACCAGUCCUUCCAUUCGUCUUUCCAACUGAUGGACCUGUUUCUGCUUCGGAGGAUGUUCAUGUAUGGCAAUUUUUGGCUGCCAUGGGCGUGGGAGCUAGUCCGGAUCAACAGCAGAGACUUGUUUUGGGGGUCAAGGAACGGGUCAUGGAGACCGUCGGCGUCAGCAAGACGCUGCCGGAGGAGAUGAGUCUGAAGAGAUUGGCGGAUGUGAAUCUGUUCAUGAGGGCUAUUGGGUUGGAUGUUGAGCUGCUUGGCUGAUCUUUUCCACCCUGCAGAUAGACAGCCAAUGAGUGAUGUGCAGUCACUGCCCUAAACGGAUGAAGAUCGAGGUUCUACUGGUAGUAAUAAGUCGAAGAGCGAAAGUGGUCGGUCCAGAAGAUAAGAGAAGAGAAAAGAGGAACAGAACAGGAUUUUUUGAGACUACUGCUGAACAUGCGCGGUAGCAAUGUCGUGAGAAGAAGAGAGAAGAAUCGAAUUAGUUACUGCAAUCAUUCC